CUGUACAGACGCACAGUGAAAAGAAAAGUUGGAAGAAAGAAGAAGGAAAGAAAAGGUUGCCAGUGAUAAAUAAAGCUCGCUGUUAAUCCCACUCUGAUCGUCUCUCGGUCUCAGCUUGCACGAAAGAAUACAAGAAGUGUUGGCGUUCAUGAUGGAGAUCACAAUGCUCGUGACAUUUCUAUGCUUCUUCUCUGUUUUCUCUCUUGUUUCCAAAGUGGGUAACUGUUCGACAGUGCUUGUGGAUGGAGUUUCAGAGUGGAAGAACCCGACUGUUCAUGUUGGAGAUACCGUCAUUUUCAGACACAAGUAUCAAUACGACCUCUACAUUUUCCAGAAUCAACGAGCCUUCACUCUCUGCGACUUCACUCAAGCCACUCUUCUUACCAAGCCGGGCUCUAACACAUUCACGUGGCACCCAUCACGCCCCGGCUAUUUCUACUUCACCUUCAACAAUGGCUCUCUCAAUGCCUGCCAAGACACCCAAAAGUUUCCCGUUAAGGUCUCUUCCGAGUCACCGCCACCAUCCCCAGGGAAUCCAAUCACCCUGCCAGUAUCACCUCCAUUGCCUGCUCCGGCCCCGACCCACGGAGGGACUGUGUCGUCAUCACCCGCAUUUCCUUGGCCAUACCGCCCUCGCGAGGAGCUCUCGCCGGGGCCUGCCCCCGCAGCAAGCUUGUUCCCAGACAAAGGCGGGAUACCCUUUAUUAAUAGCAAUCCCGCAGUUCCUCUGCCUACAGGAGAAGUGGACUCUGCCACAAUAAGGCCUCUGCCUACCUCAGAUCACGGAAAACAGGAGGUGGUGGGGUUGCCUCAGCUGCAGAUGGCUCUGCUUUGUGCAGUGUUCUUGAUGCCAUGACCAAAGAAAUGGAGCCAGAAAGAGGAAAAAUUAAAGAACUUAGGAGGCAACUGCAACUGUGUGUGUAAAGAAUGUGAGUAGGCUAAUGAGUGGGAGGUUAUUUGGGGUCCUUAAAGUAGCUUUAGAGAUUAAAAUUAGACCAUGUAAUAUGAUGAUGCUCCUUGCCUUGGCCCUACUUUGGAAUCAUUAGCAAAGCUUUGGCCUUUAGUUUUGCUGUGUAAUCAAUUGCUCCCUCUUCUCUCUUUUCAA